ACCAGCCCUGGAUGUCUGUCUAUGGUCUCCUCCACAGUAGGCUCAGACAGAACAGGAGCUGUAAUCAGAGAGAAAUCUUUGAUUUUGUUUAUUUUUUCCAUCAGAAAUAAAAAAAGAGAUGGAGCUACUGAGGCCUGCACUUCUUAUUGUCUUUAUCUCAACAGCAAUCGCAAAACCAUUCAACAGGCCUGGACACCACAAUGUUCCACAGUUCAACAGGCCUGGACACCACAAUGUUCCACAGUUCAACAGGCCUGGACACCACAAUGUUCCACAGUUCAACAGGCCUGGACACCACAAUGUUCCACAGUUCAACAGGCCUGGACACCACAAUGUUCCACAGUUCAACAGGCCUGGACACCACAAUGUUCCACAGUUCAACAGGCCUGGACACCACAAUGUUCCACAGUUCAACAGGCCUGGACACCACAAUGUUCCACAGUUCAACAGGCCUGGACACCACAAUGUUCCACAGUUCAACAGGCCUGGACACCACAAUGUUCCACAGUUCAACAGGCCUGGACACCACAAUGUUCCACAGUUCAACAGGCCUGGACACCACAAUGUUCCACAGUUCAACAGGCCUGGACACCACAAUGUUCCACGAAUCCACGAGUCCUCAGAAUCUGAUGAAUCAAGAUUGACACCAGGACCAACUGCUCCAACCACAGUGAACCCUCCCACUCCUGCCAUGUCAACUAUCCCACCAGUGACAGAAAUGUCCACGAAUGGGCCAAUUGUCGGUGAAAUGACACCGUCACCAGGGAACGUUACUGCACGUGUCACUGAGGACAUUACAACUCCCACUCCAGCAACUCCCCCUUCACCAACUAGAGGAGACAACUAAUAAUGAGAGAAUUCAUGAGAAUGCUUUAUUAUAAUUAUUCAAGAGUUUAUAAAUCAUUGCUUUUUUAGGUCAUCAUUUUUUGUAUGGGCUGUUUACAGUACCUGCAUUAUAUGAAAUAUCUUUCUUGACAUUUUAUUUGUGUUUUUUAUGCAGCAGCAUUUAUAGGUAAUGUUAUCGAUAGCUUCAUAAUAAGGCCCUGUAAUCUUUACUAGUUCAACAUAUGGUGAUAGUUACAGGUGUUUGGAUGUCUGUGAACUAGGUGAUCAUAAUCUGCUGGGUGUGAUAUAAACAAUUGUGAAUGUUUGAUUGUUUCAUUGCUAUUGCUGUGUUAUGCUUCAGUAUGUCUCUUUACACACAGUAUGUAGUGACUUGCUCUUUGGAGUUUUAGGCUGGUUAUUUGUAAAGUACAUUGAGACAACUGCUGAUUUACAAAGGGCUUAAUAACAUACAUUUGAUUGAUUGAUUGAUUGAUAUUUGUUGUGAACUUGUGUACUCAAUAAAGAGAUAGAAAAAUA